UCUCUUUUUUGCACCCAUCCAACCCCCAUCCCUCCUCGACUCCCCGCAUUGCCAACGAGGAGAUCAUCUCUACUCUCCUCUCUCUCUCUCUCUCUUCAUUUUCUUUGAAUUCCCUUCCACUUUUCUCUGAUCCGCCACCACCGCCGCCGCCCUAAUAGAUCUCUCAUUCCCAAAGAGAGCUUAGGGUUUCCAAUUCAAAUUUCGAACAAUCGUAAGGGGUUUGGAAAUUGGAUUUUUUUCAAAGUUUUUAGGGUUUCCGUUUCAAUUUGCGUUGAAAUUUCCUAAUUUGGUGUUGAUUUUGGGAUUACUGAAUCUAGGGAAGUUGGGGAAUUGAGAGGAUGGUGUGGAUUUGGAUGUGAGAUGAGGUUGAUUGUGUAUGUGUUUGUGCUAGAAGGAACUUUGGGCUCGUCGUUCGGACUGGUGCAAAUAUGGUUGAGAGACGACACCCUCCACCACAGAUUUGUACAGCAGGGAAGACAGACGGGAAGGGGAGUAAGGGAGGAAGAUAACUUUGUAAUUUUUUUAUUUUUUUAGUUUAUUAAUUUUUUUUUAUUUUUUAAUAUCGAAUCCACGUCACGUUCAGAUAUUAUCCACAGACCAAGAAAUAGUAAAUUGAGAUUAAACCUAAUUAUAAUUAUAAUGAUUAUUGACACGGACCAAGAAAUAGUAAAUUGAGAUUAAACCUAAUUAUAAUUAUAAUGAUUAUUGACGGCUAAGAAGGAGAAGAAAGAGGAGGAGGAGGGCCAAAUUUUGCGAUGCCUCUCAGAGCACAAUCAGACGAGUUCACCCACAACUAUUAAAAGUCCAAAGGGAAACUGAAACUUUGAUUCUUUCUGAACCUGGGAAGCUCCAGGAGGGUUUCGGACCUUUCGGCGGUUAGCCUUCCUUCUGUUCACUAACUUAUUUGUAGUUGCUUCAUUUAAUUGGAUUGGAUUGGAUUGAAUUGGGUAGCGUAAUUUAAUUUUUGUGGUUAGGGGAAGUGGGGACGGUGGACUGGUAAUCGUUGUAAGUUGGAAAAUAGUAUUAUUGGGGGGAGAGAGAAAGAAGGAUGGGGGCGAGUAGGAAUAGCGACCCAAAUCAGGACGGGUCAGAUGAGCAGCAGAAACGAUCGGAGAUCUACACCUACGAGGCGCCGUGGCACAUCUACGCCAUGAACUGGAGCGUCCGUCGGGACAAGAAGUACCGGCUGGCCAUCGCCAGCCUCCUCGAGCAGGCCCCAAACCGAGUGGAGAUCGUGCAGCUGGACGACUCAAACGGGGAGAUCCGAUCGGACCCCAACCUGUCCUUCGAGCACCCGUACCCGCCCACCAAGACCAUCUUCAUCCCGGACAAGGAGUGCCAGAAGCCAGACCUGCUGGCCACCUCCAGCGAUUUCCUCCGCGUGUGGCGCAUCUCGGGGGAUGAGGACAACUCAGACUCCUCGUCGUCAGUGGAGCUCAAGUCCCUCCUCAACGGCAACAAGAACUCCGAGUUCUGCGGGCCCAUCACCUCCUUCGACUGGAACGAGGCGGAGCCGAAGCGCAUCGGCACCUCCUCCAUCGACACCACGUGCACCAUCUGGGACAUCGAGCGCGAGGCCGUAGACACCCAGCUCAUCGCCCACGACAAGGAGGUGUACGACAUCGCAUGGGGCGGCGUCGGUGUAUUCGCCUCCGUCUCGGCGGACGGCUCCGUGAGAGUGUUUGACCUGCGCGACAAGGAGCACUCCACCAUCAUUUACGAGAGCUCGGAGCCGGACACUCCCUUGGUCCGCCUGGGAUGGAACAAGCAGGACCCCAGGUACAUGGCCACCAUUAUCAUGGACAGCGCCAAGGUGGUCGUCCUCGACAUCCGCUUCCCGACCCUCCCCGUGGUCGAGUUGCAGAGGCACCAGUCCAGCGUCAACGCCAUUGCCUGGGCCCCACACAGCUCUUGCCACAUCUGCACCGCCGGUGAUGACUCCCAGGCCCUCAUCUGGGACCUCUCCUCCAUGGGCCAGCCGGUGGAGGGUGGCCUCGAUCCCAUUCUGGCCUACACGGCUGGGGCUGAAAUCGAGCAGCUGCAGUGGUCCUCUUCCCAACCUGAUUGGGUUGCAAUUGCCUUCUCUACAAAGCUUCAGAUACUCAGGGUAUGAAUAAGUAUGACCACUGACCGGGCAUUUCACUAACUCCUCCAGACUCCAGACUCCAGUUUGCCACCAACCAAAUGCCAUCGCUCAGCUGCUCUUUAGUCAGUCCUCCUUGCUAGCUCGUAGUUCCUAGUCAUAAUUGAGAUAAUACUGCCUCACUCUGUUACUUUAUUGAUAAUUGAUGUCAACAUUAGCUGAAGCCAUAUAUGAUUUGGUUAUCAAUAUUGCAUUUCAUGCUCCUUGCCUCCUAUAUUUCUUACGAAAAUGCAUCCUGGUUGAUGAUAGUCUUGGAUAUCUGCUAUUGAAAAGAUAAUUAAAUUGUAUCUGAUUUCCAUCCGUU